UACCAAUGAUGUUGAAGGCAUACCUUUCUAAGCGCUUAGUCCGGGCAGAAUUUUCUAUAGCACUUAUCUUUUAUUGUAUUUUUUUUUAAAUAAAUAAUAAUAAUUUGCAAUCAUGAAUUUUCUUUUGUUCUUGCCAAUUUUUUCUCAGUUUGUUAUAAAUAUUUCUGCGCGUCAAUUAAGAGUCACUGAUCAAGUUUUCUUGGAUAUUCAUCAUCAAGACAAGCCCUUAGGUCGUAUUGUUAUUGGUCUUUUCGGAGACUUAGCCCCAAAAGCGGUUAAAAAUUUCAAAAUUCUAGCCACAAAAGGAAUUAAGGGAAAAUCGUAUAAAGGAACAAGAUUCAAUCGCAUAAUCAAACGGUUUAUGAUACAAGGUGGUGACGUCGUCUCAGAUGACGGUACAGGUUCAAUUAGUAUAUAUGGGCCUACUUUUCCCGACGAGAAUUUAGACACACAGCACAGUAGUGCGGGAUUUGUUUCUAUGGCUAACAAAGGAAAGAAUACGAAUGGCUGUCAAUUUAUUAUAACAACAAAGGGAACUCCAUGGUUGGAUGGUAUACACACCGUUAUCGGUAAGGUAGUUGAGGGUCAAAAAUUCGUUCAUAUGAUGGAGCAAAUCCCUACUGAUGCGGAUGAUCGACCGAAGGAAAACGUUUUUAUCUUCAACAGUGGCGUGCUUCCGACCGAGCCCUUCUAUAUUUCUGACAAUCCUAACGAUUUAUGGGGUUGGAUAAAGGCUUCGGCAGUACCAUUAACCUUCUCUUUCUCGAUUCUGGGAUUUUUUCAGUGGAUGAUUAGUAAAAUGGAAAUUUAAAAAAAAAACACUUCUGGUUAUUUCGGUAUUUAUUUAUUUAUGUAUUUUAUUGUUUUAAUGAUUUUUAUGAAUGAUUGAAUGGCUAAAUAGUGACAUUUUUGUGAAGUGUUUCUUUGGACAAUUUACUCGUUGACGAGAAAAACACUAUUAUAGGUAAAUAUAUUAUUAUUAUAAACAAUGUUCUUUUAUAUGUACAAAGGUUGAGUUUAAAAAUAUAAUUAAUUUUUCAUCA